AUGGACAAUUACCCCGAGGUGGCGUCGGUGGAGGCCAAGUUGCGCGCGCUGGACGCCGCCGACGCGCGGUGCGCGACCGAGACCGCUCCCCACACACUGGUCCCCAUACGACCGCGUUCGCGUGGUGAACGUCGAUCCUUAAGGACUUUGCCCGGCGUGUCUCUCCGCUCAUCCCUCGCUUUCAAUCCCCGACCUCGGCGCCUUUCAACUCCGUCUGACGCCUAUGAACUCCACCCACCCAGCUUGCCGUCUAAGGAGAAGCGGCGGCUGCUCGAGGCGAACAAGGCGCCGGGGGACGCGUGGCGAGAGGACGGGCUCGCGGACGUCGCGUUCGACGUCGUCGAGGAGACGGAGGAGGAGCGUCGCGGCGCCGGCGCGGCGGCGCCGGCGUCGGCGCCGGCGUCGUUGCGGUGUCUCCGCGUGACGUUCGCGUUGAAGUCCGCGACGGAGCCGGGCGCGCCGGUGAAGUGCGCGCAGUGCGGGGUCGCGAAGCCGCCGUCCGGGUUCGCGGCGCACCAGUACAAGCGCGCGGAGUUCUGGGCGUCGAAGGGGAAGAACCCGAACCCGAACCCCCCGGGAGGCGGGGACCGGGACCCGGACGCGGACGACGCGUGUCACUGGGACGAACGCGGCGACGGCGGCGGCGACCGGUCGUGGAUACGCGGCACGAGGAGGUGGGAGAAAGAUAACCGCGGCGGCGGCGGCGAGGACGGCGGCGGCGAGGACGGCGGCGGGGAGGCCGCCGUCGCCGCCGCCGCCGCGGCUCGAAAAAGAAACCGCCGCGGCGCGCGGUGCCUCGAGUGCGUCGCCGCGGACCCUCGCGUCGCGCAGCACAAGCGCGACGUGGAGAGAAACGAGGCGGACGCGUCGAGGGUGACGUGUGCGGCGUGUUCGGUGAAGUUCGGGGGACGGAACGCGCUGUUCCGGCACGUCGCGUCGGGCCCGUGUCGAGAGAAGCUCGAGGCGAUGGGGUGGUAG